GUGCGUUGUUUAGUUGGAGUACCAUGGAGGGCUAGCGGGUACCUACGCCUGAGCCAGUGCGACGGAGAUGCCCAUAGCCGCCACGGAAUCCAUUUUCAUUCGCUUUUGCACAAUAAACACAAGAGCCAUAAUACGUGACUUUCUGCUGGUGGCACAUCCAAGUAAUCUAUUUCCCUCUUAGUGUGACGAGAGAGAGGACAACACAAUGAAGCAUUUUCUAAGGGCACUGACACAGUUCUUCAGUUUCCUGUACUGCAAAUUUCUCUGGAGAACCCUUAAGUUUGUAACCAGGAAGCUCACAGGCCGAUGUGAGCUCCAACGCAUUUGCUACAACAAUAAGCCAGGCGCAAAGAGAACUCUUAAGAUCGAGCACUCUUUGAAGUCCUCCAAAAACGAGGUCCUGCAGUCUGCUGUAGCAGCCAGCCCAGAUGCCGUGGAGCGGAUCGUGGACGAAAUCUUGGAUCUGAAGAGGAUCAGUCCAGAUGUGAACCUACAGCUGGGCAUCUCUCUGCAGGCCAGCCUGUUCCAGAUCGUGGGCUACAGGGGCCUGGUGGCCGAGGUGGAGAAACUGCGUCGCGAGCCGUAUGACUGUGAGAACACCGACCAUGAGGACAUGCUCCUAAGGCUUUGGAAGUCCCUUUCCCCAGAGGUUCCUUUAACUGGACGCAUCUCAAAACAGUGGAGUGACAUUGGUUUCCAAGGCAGCGACCCCAAGACUGACUUCAGAGGAAUGGGACUUCUGGGACUGCAUAACCUGCUGUAUUUUGCAGAGCAUGACAAGGCCACAGCUCUGCAAGUGCUCCAUGACUCUCAGCAACCCAAACACAGCAAGAUGACCAAGGCGGAGUGGGAGAAAAACAGUUUUGACAAAGCCAUUGGGUUCUCGUUUGCCAUUGUGGGCAUCAACAUCACAGAGCUGGUCUACUCCCUGCUGGUGAGUGGAACUCUGAAGACCCACAUUUACAACGUGGCGCCAGAGAUGCCCAGCCUGGUGCACUUCCAGCAGACCUUCUGUUACCUAAUGCAGGAGUUCCAUAAGUUUUGGAUCAAUGAGAAUCCAUGCGACAUCAUGGAGUUCAACCGCAUCCGCGAGAAGUUCCUGCGCAGGGUGACCAAGCAGCUGAAGAACCCCAACAUGGCACUGUGUCCUCAUUCUCCUGCCUCCGACCUCCACCUCAUCAAUCUGUGAUCCCACCUUAUCCGUACACCCCCCCACCCCCCCAUCACUGCCAAAUGCUUGUGCCAAAACCCCAUCUCAGUGCAUGCUGGUGAUCACUAUAUCCGUUAUUUCUAGUGGUUUAGGCCAACCGUGGUGAUUUAGACUUAAUUCAUCAUCAAAUAUCUUCUACAAAUCUUCUACAAAGAUUCUUAUGGAAAAAAAAAACAUGCCAGCUCAAAUCAAGGGAGGAAAUAGCUUCUUCUCUCUCUGCAGCCUAUACUAUAUUCUCCAGCACAUAUCAUGGAAUGUCCAGUGUUUGGAGUAGGGUACAGUAAAUUUGCAGCUAUGAAUGUGUCCAUUUUGGCUCAGAAGUAAUUGUUCUUCAUUGGGCUUCUGAAAAAGUCCAAGCCUUUGCAUAGAACGUCUUACACUCGUGUGAGUGUGACAAAGGAUUUGCCAGCUGGUUUGGCUGAUAGCCAAAAAGCCCUUAAAAUGUUUUUCAGUAGGAAUUCCCUUACAUAAGAUUCCCUUGUUGGACUAGCUUAUUUUAACUAUACACAAAGUAGUCUGUGGUUGGCCUUGGAAUGAUGGAACAAUAGUCAUUUAUUUAUUUUAUUGACUAUUUGUUGUUUCUACACACACACACACACUUAUCAAUUUCACUAAUUCAGACAUUUUAAUUGCAUUGUCUUGCUGUUUAACGAUUGUCUUGCUUUUAUUGAUUGUGUUGCUUUUAUUGAUUGUGAAAAAACAAUGUAUGCUCACAAUGUUAUGUACUUUUUGUUUAGUUAAUAUAAGUCAAAGAUUGUCUCACCAACAAUGAUUGUUUAUUUUUGGUGCUUAUAACUGUUCAUGCUAAUGGAUUUUUAAUGUGUCUCAUUUUUAUGAAAACUCACUUCCAAGUCUGUCCAAAAGGGGGGAUGUGUGCAUACUAGGCCUACUUAGUAAGAUAAAUAACACACAAUCAGAAUGAUGCUUUGUAAUCUUUCAUGAUAACUUCUUAGAUGGUAAACUAGGCUAUAGAAAUAGAGUUAUUUAUCUGAUAUAUCUGUUGUAACUGCUUCUCUUUGGAGAGUGUCGUAAAGCUCAUUUUUGAGUGGCAAUCACUAAAAUACUGCUUGAUAUUUAGCUUUUGUAGCAUGCUUAUCCCUCUGCAAAUGUCAGUUAUCCUCUCAUUUUCUUUGAAGCUCAAAGCUGGUUUGGUCCAUUGGGAGACAAAUGUAUAUACAUUCAUACAAACACACACACACACACACACACACACACACACACACACACACAGAGUUUAAUUAUUGCAUUAUAGCCCUAUAUUUUUUGAUUUUGCAAUGUAGAUUGCCCCAUAGAUUUAUAGUAGCAUAUUAGCUUGCUGUGUAAAAGAUUUUCUGGUGCAAUUUCUACACUUGCCAGUCUGUUAUGAGGUUCAUUUGAAAAUCAUGUUAUGUUAUGCUUUCAUUUCAAAUAAAGGCAAUAUCUGUGA